ACACACAACAUGGCCGAUAGCAGCGCUACCACGCUCCAGCAGCAACAGAAGACGUACAAGCAGGCGGCGUCGGACUACUACAACCAAAAGUACGAGACGUGGAUGCCGUGGAUCGAGGACCAGUAUCUCAAGUGGUUCACCAAGGAUAAUAAAGUUAGCUAUGCUACUAAACAGAACCUCGACAAAACAAAAGUCACCGGUAUAGACCAAGUCGACACGCUGCAAGACGGGGUACACGGCCUUGUAACAGGGCAAGUGGGCCAAGGCGGGCUCGCGCAACCCCUCGGCGACGCAAUCUCCAAAGAAGGCGUUAAUCGCGCGGAGCGCGGCGGGAAAGAUGAGCACGGCAGACCGCUUGAGGGUCAGGGCCCGCUAGGUGGAUAUGGGCAGAGUGCCGUCGAGGGCGUCAAGGGCGGCGCGGGGGGUCUGGCUGAUGGGGCGAAGAGUGCGGGGGGUUGGAUGGGCGGUAUGAUGGGGGGUCAGAAGAAGUAGAGGAGGUGAGGUGAGGUGAGGAAGAGUAUGUGUGUAUGCGUGGGGGAUAUUGAUACCAUUGUUUUUGUCUUCUUCUUCUUCUUCUUCUUCUUCUUCUUCUUCUUCUUCUUCUUCUUCUUCUUCUUCUUCUGCUUUU